AUUUGUACCCUCUGAUGUUCCCUCUUUCCCCUCAUCCUCUUAUUUAAUCCCCACUCCUCUCGCUUCUCAGCAUCUCGAUCCCCUCUCAAACCAGCACUCCCAAGCUAUCAAAAUCUUGUUCCUCGAGCUCAAAUUGUUGCAGAAAUGGAAGUUGAGGGCGGAGUGCAGUUUGAGGACUACUUCCCAUCCAUGAUUGAGCGGUUGGGGGCCGAGGGUUUCAUAGUAGAGCUCUGCAAUGGGUUUCACUUGCUGAUGGACGUGGAAAAAGGGCUCAUCACAUUUGAGAGCUUGAGGAGGAACACCAUUCUGCUAGGGUUGCAGGACAUGGGAGAUGAUGAGCUUGUGUGCAUGUUGAGCGAGGGAGACUUGGAUGGAGAUGGGGCUCUCAAUCAGAUGGAGUUUUGCAUUCUCAUGUUCAGAUUGAGUCCUGGUUUGAUGGACGGACCCAAGCAGUGGGUGGAGGAGAUGUACAUAUGAAGCAGAAGAUGGAAGCUCUAGGGUUUUAGCUUGGCUAUGGUGCUCAUGGCUUCUUUCAUAUAUCUUUACAUUUUCAUCCUCUUCGUCAAGAUGCUGGGAGAAUAAAUGUGAGUCGAUCGAUAUGGUGCUGUUCCUGGAUAUCAGAAUAAUCAUAGUAGAGUUCCUUGGCUUUUCCUUUCUUUUCUUUUCUUCUCUAGCAAUUAUUUAUUUUCAGUUGGAUUGAAAAAUUAUUCUAUGAUAUCAAACAUAUCUGUUGAAUGCAACUUAAAUCAAAUUUGAUGCAAAUUGUGUCGAUUCAUUCA